AUGUUUCUUAAAACAGCGCUCGAACACUUUUCUAACAAGGCCGUUGAUAACAGUUUUUACACUCAAUACAUAAAUGUUGACAAAGUCAAUAUAACUACCGAUUUUCGAAAUAAUUUGUUACUACAUACUCGACCUGCAUUGGGUGUAUUUCUGGAUAUGAACUGUGAAAACUCAGAAGACGUUAUAAAUGUGACAAGUCUUCAAAAACUUUUUACUGAUCAUUUUCAUUGGUUUCUUUAUGACCAUCAAGCCAAUGUAAGUAAUUUUCAACAUUUAUUUGAGCAAAUGAAUCUCUCCGUUAAUGCGGAUGUGACGUACGCUAUCUUCAACGAGCAUGGAACAAAUGUUCAGAACACAUCCUAUAUAAUUUAUGAUGUUUAUAAUAAUGGUCGUAUUUUGGGUGGGAAGUUAAAUAUGACACAGGAUCAGGAGAUUGUAUGCAAUAAAACUAAGUGUGAAUUGAGGCAAUAUUAUUCAAAAUUACACUUGCGACCAAAAUAUGGUAAUAGAAAUGCAAUAAGAGAUGUAACAUUACGUGUAUCUACAGUUGUUGCCAGAAUUCCAAUAACUCUACCAGAGUCAGAAUUACAGAGGUUUUUAUUAUCAGACAAUGAUCCUCAGGUAGAUUCUAUAGCACGAUAUGGUUUUCACUUACUGCAGGUUGUAAAAGAUGUACUGAAAUGUGGCAUGAAUUAUACCUUUCAUGAUAGUUGGACUAAGAGUGAAUGUUUUGGUGGAAUGGUUGGUGCUCUAAUUAUGGACGAGGCAGAUCUAACUUCAACACCCUUUCUUAUGAUCGCUAAUCGUCUUAAAUAUCUUACUUCAAUUACAGAUUCAGGAGGCUUUCUCACAAUUUGUAUGUUUCGUACUCCACGAAAUGCGGGUAUAAAAGGUGACGUUUUCCUUGCACCUUUUAGUACUACUGUUUGGUGUAUCUUUGGAAUAAUUUUGAUUAUUAGUGGUCUACUUUUAUGGGCUACUUUCUUUUUGGAGUAUCAUCGACUGAAAUUAUGUUUAAGUUAUGUACCUUCUAUGUUAACUACUUGCUUAAUAUCAUUUGGAUCGGCUUGCUCACAGGGUAGCUUUUUAAUUCCUAGCUCAACUGGUGGACGCAUGGUUUUUUUCUCAUUAUCGCUUAUAUCGUUUUUCAUGUACAAUUAUUAUACAUCAAUUGUGGUAUCUAUUUUAUUAGGUUCGCCGAUGAAAUCGGAUAUUGACACUUUGGGGAAAUUAGCCGACAGUAAUUUAGAUGUUGGCAUAGAACCUUUACCAUACACAAAAGUUUAUUUAAAUACUUCACGAUUACCAGAGGUACUUCGUUUUGUUAAACGGAAAGUUGAACCAAAGAAGAAUUCUCCAAAACUUUAUUUGCCUGUUGAAGAAGGUAUUAAAUUAGUACGCGAUAAACCUGGUUUCGUAUAUAUUUUUGAGGCAUCAUCGGCUUUUGCACUGGUGGAGCAAUUUUUUGAGCCUCAUGAAAUUUGUGACCUUAAUGAAAUUAAGCUGAGACCUGAUAAGAAUAUAUAUAUCCAAACUAAUAAGAAUUCUACUUAUAAGGAGUUGUUGAGAUUAACACAUGUACGAUUAUUGGAGACUGGUGUUUCGAUUAAAUUGCAACGAUAUUGGUUUCGCACACAACUCAAUUGUUUUGCUAGUAAUUUUGUAAUCGAUGUGGGUUUGGAAUAUACUGCACCUUUAUUUUUUCUGCUACUCUGCAGUUAUACGUUAGUUUUAAUUAUUUUUAUUAUGGAAAUUUCUUACAAAAAAUAUAUUGAUAAAAAGAACGAAGUUAAUGAUUCACCAUAA